AUGAGUGGAUUACGAAACCGUUACAGCAGACGUUCGUCUUACCAACAUCGCCCACACCAAUUACAACCUCAUACUCGACAACAUCACAGUCAAGAACAUAGAGAUUCAAUAAAACUUUCACGAAUAAAGGAUGAAAGUGAUUCAGGGUAUACUAGAAAAAACGUCGAAUGUUAA